AUGGCGUUUCAUUACUUUACGCCGGACGAGGCUCGGAUGGCCUUGGCGAGCAUCAUGGCCAUCGACGAGAAGAGCUACAAGCUGCAGGAGGAGCGCGAGCAGGAUCGGAAUGCCCGUGACACUGCCCUGCCGCUGCUUCGGCAGCUGCGCGCACUGAGGUUGCGGCGCAAGUUACUGGGGGUUCUCCUUCAGACCCUGGCACCGUACGGCGUCUCCGAGGAGACUUUGCUGCCAGCGGUGCUGCAGUUGCAAUCCCUCGCGCUGGUGCAGCUGGACAUGAAGGACCAGGCGGAAGCGAGCGAAAAAAUCCGCGGUGUGCCUUAA